AUGGAAAAUAACACUUCCUUCGUUUCAAAGUUGGACGAAGCAGCGGCGGAGGAUGGAGGAGCUUCUCUGGGCGCAGAGGGAGAGGUCGGGCGUUGCUGCUGGGAGCGCGGCGCAGCUCUGAGCAGCCAGCUGCUUCGUGUCCCUGCCGCAUCACGGCGGAGUUGGGUGUUCUUGGCGUCGGUCGCAUCCCUGGAUGGAGAGAAAGCUCUCCAUGUCCGAGAUGCCGCAGUCCCUCCCGGAAAACGAUGGUACAUCUCGUCUCACGGCCCCCUCAUUAAUUCAGCUGUUCAAUUCUCAACUUGUACUCCUGUCUGCAUCUCCAGUGGAUUACGGAUUGUGGAAUGUGCUGAUCGGGAACAAAGGUGUCUGAACUCGGAGCUAUGGCAUGCAUGCGCUGGGCCCCUUGUGUCUCUGCCCGCGGUUGGAAGCCGGGUCAUCUAUUUCCCACAGGGCCAUAGCGAGCAGGUUGCCGCAUCAACUAAUAAGGAGGUUGAUGCUCAAAUCCCUAAUUAUCCAAAUCUCCCCCCUCAGUUGAUCUGCCAGCUUCAUAAUGUCACCAUGCAUGCCGAUGCAGAGACUGAUGAAGUUUAUGCCCAAAUGACACUGCAGCCGCUGAGCCCGGAAGAGCAAAAAGAGCCUUUUCUUCCAAUCGAGUUGGGUGCUGCUAGCAAGCAGCCGACUAAUUACUUCUGCAAGACUUUGACUGCAAGUGAUACAAGUACACAUGGCGGAUUUUCUGUUCCUCGCCGGUCUGCUGAGAAAGUCUUCCCUCCAUUGGAUUUUUCUCUGCAGCCUCCAUGCCAGGAGCUCAUUGCAAAAGAUCUGCAUGAUAAUGAAUGGAAAUUUCGCCACAUAUUCCGUGGUCAGCCAAAAAGGCAUCUCCUGACUACAGGUUGGAGUGUCUUUGUAAGUGCAAAGCGACUAGUAGCAGGGGAUUCUGUUAUUUUCAUCUGGAAUGAUAAUAACCAACUUCUCUUGGGGAUUCGUCAUGCAAAUCGUCCUCAGACAAUUAUGCCGUCUUCUGUGCUGUCAAGCGACAGCAUGCAUAUAGGCCUUCUUGCAGCAGCAGCUCAUGCUGCGGCCACAAACAGUCGUUUCACUAUUUUCUAUAACCCCCGGGCUAGCCCUUCUGAGUUCAUCAUUCCAUUGGCUAAGUAUGUCAAAUCUGUUUACCACACACGUGUGUCUGUUGGAAUGCGGUUUAGAAUGCUUUUUGAGACAGAGGAGUCAAGUGUCAGACGAUACAUGGGUACAAUCACAACCAUAAGUGAUCUUGACUCUGUGCGUUGGCCAAAUUCACAUUGGCGUUCUGUGAAGGUUGGUUGGGACGAGUCCACCGCUGGUGAGAAACAACCUAGAGUGUCACUCUGGGAGAUUGAGCCAUUAACAACCUUUCCGAUGUAUCCAACUGCUUUUCCUUUAAGACUGAAGCGUCCAUGGGCUUCAGGGCUGCCCUCUAUGCAUGGCAUGUUCAAUGGUAGGUUGAUCGAUGUGACAAGAAUAGCAGUAUACGUGGUUCUGCUUUUAUACAAUUCAACCAAGUGUCCUUUUAAUCAAGUUCUGUUCUGUAUCAUAUGCGCAGGUGUCAAAAAUGAUGAUUUUGCUCGUUAUUCUUCUCUCAUGUGGCUCGGAGAUGGGGAUAGAGGGGCUCAGUCGUUGAACUUCCAGGGAGUUGGAGCGUCACCUUGGCUUCAGCCAAGAAUGGAUUCUCCAUUGCUGGGUCUUAAGCCAGACACAUACCAGCAAAUGGCUGCAGCAGCACUGGAGGAAAUUAGAACUGGGGAUCCUUCGAAACAGUCCUCGGCUCUCUUGCAAUUCCAACAGACUCAGAAUCCGAACGGUGGGUUGAAUUCUGUGUAUGCCAAUCAUGUUCUGCAGCAGAUGCAGUAUCAGGCUCAGCAGUCGUCUCUGCAAACUGUUCAGCACGGCCAUAGUCAGUACAGUGGUAAUCCUGGGUUUCUUCAAAGUCAGUUUCAGCAGCUGCAUUUGCAUAAUCCUCCGGCACCACCACAGCAAGGGCAUCAGGUUAUACAGCAAUCUCACCAGGAGAUGCAACAGCAGCUUUCAUCUGGUUGUCAUCGUAUUUCCGAUGUAGAUUCUAGCAUGCCUGGUUCUGAGUCUGCUUCGCAGUCACAAUCUUCAUUCUACCAGCAGAACCUCUUAGAAGGAAACAAUGACCCAUCGUUGCAUCUUCACAAUGGUUUUCGUAACUUCUCUAGCCAAGAUUCCUCAAACCUUGUUAGUUUGCCUCGAACUGACCAAUUAAUGGCGCCGGAGGGAUGGCCUUCAAAGAGGUUGGCUGUGGAACCCCUUGGUCAUAUUGAAUCUCGGUCUGUGCAACCCAAACAUGAGAACGUAAAUCACCAGAGUAAUAUGUCCCACUUUGCUGGAACCUUGGCGCCGCAGUCAGCAAGAGACUCAUCCAGUGUCCAGGCUUAUGGUGCAAAUGUUGACAACCAAUUUCUGUCAUCGUCAUUUGCAUUCCAGGACGGAAUGGCAGGUGCAAGGGGUGGCAGCAGCAGCGGAACUGUUUCUAUGGCCAUACCUUUGUUGAGGUAUAGUGGCGAAGAUUUGCCACCCGCAGACACCUUAGCAACUUCCAGUUGUUUAGGCGAAUCGGGAACCUUCAACUCUCUUGAUAAUAUGUGUGGUGUAAACCCAUCACAAGAUGGAACCUUUGUGAAGGUUUACAAAUCAGGGUCCCCUGGAAGAUCGCUCGACAUCACCAGAUUCAGCAGCUACUAUGAGUUACGUAGUGAGCUGGAGCAUCUAUUUGGCCUCGAAGGCCAACUGGAGGACCCCGUAAGAUCAGGCUGGCAGCUUGUAUUCGUCGACCGAGAAAAUGAUAUUCUUCUCGUCGGCGACGACCCAUGGCAGGAGUUUGUGAAUAGCGUAGGGUGCAUCAAGAUACUCUCGCAGCAGGAGGUGCAGCAGAUGGUCCGCGGCGGCGAGGGCCUUCUGACCUCUGCACCUGGAGCGAGGAUGGCGCAGGGCAAUGUCUGCGACGGUUAUUCUGGGGGCCACGACCUGCAGAAUCUCACCGGCAACAUGGCCUCCGUACCGCCACUGGACUACUGA